UUUUCCGCGGGCCCGGCUCUGUGCAGACCCGUGGCGGUGACGUUGAGCCGGCCCGACCCGGAAGGCCGGGCUCAGCGCUGCGCCGCCCGCACCCCGCACCCCGCCAGGUACUGAAGACAAGCUGCUACAUCAGUUCUCCAAGGAGUAGAAGCUUCUAUUAAGACUUCAAGAGGAUACUGUCAACUGGUAAACGUAUAUUCAGCCUGGGGGCCAAGAAAAGAGCAGCACUGGCUGUAGGUUUGCUGGCAUGGGUAAUCUCAUUAAGGUGCUAACCAGGGACAUAGACCACAAUGCAGCACAUUUUUUCUUGGAUUUUGAAAGUACCUUAACAUGGGGAACCUUCUUAAAGUUUUGACAUGCACAGACCUUGAACAGGGGCCAAAUUUUUUCCUUGAUUUUGAAAAUGCCCAGCCUACUGAAUCUGAAAAGGAAAUUUACAAUCAGGUGAAUGUAGUAUUAAAGGAUGCCGAAGGAAUCCUGGAAGACUUACAGUCCUACAGAGGAGCUGGGCACGAAAUACGAGAGGCAAUACAGCACCCCAGUGAUGAAAAAUUGCAAGAGAAGGCAUGGGGUGCAGUCGUUCCACUAGUAGGCAAGCUAAAGAAAUUCUAUGAAUUUUCUCAACGGCUAGAAGCAGCAUUGCGAGGUCUGUUGGGAGCCCUGACAAGCACUCCAUAUUCGCCAACCCAGCACCUGGAGCGAGAGCAGGCUCUUGCUAAGCAGUUUGCAGAAAUUCUUCAUUUCACACUCCGAUUUGAUGAACUCAAGAUGACAAAUCCUGCUAUACAGAAUGACUUCAGCUAUUACAGAAGAACUUUGAGCCGUAUGAGGAUUAACAAUGUCCCAGCAGAGGGAGAAAAUGAAGUAAAUAACGAAUUGGCAAACAGAAUGUCUUUAUUUUAUGCUGAAGCAACGCCAAUGUUGAAAACCUUAAGCGAUGCGACAACAAAAUUUGUGUCAGAGAAUAAAAAUUUACCCAUAGAAAAUACUACGGACUGUUUAAGCACCAUGGCUAGUGUGUGCAGAGUCAUGCUGGAAACUCCUGAAUACAGAAGCAGGUUUACAAAUGAGGAAACAGUAUCAUUCUGUCUGAGGGUAAUGGUGGGUGUCAUCAUACUCUAUGACCAUGUGCAUCCAGUGGGCGCUUUUGCCAAAACUUCAAAAAUUGAUAUGAAAGGAUGCAUCAAAGUCCUUAAGGACCAGCCUCCUAACAGUGUAGAAGGCCUUCUAAAUGCUCUCAGGUACACAACAAAGCAUUUGAAUGAUGAGACUACCUCCAAGCAAAUUAAAUCUAUGUUGCAAUAACAAUUACCUGGAAUUAGGAACUGCUGAAAACAGAAAACAGUGUUCUGCAAUGACUGAGAUGCACACACUUUUUUAGUGAUUGCAACUACUAUUUCAUUCAUCCUUGCUUUCUAUUUUCUUUUCUCUUCCUCUCUUCCUUUUUUUAAUCAUAUGUUCUUGUUCUUCAGUAAGCUCAGACUUCUUUUCUGUGCCAAAUCAAUAAGAAAUUAUGAAUUCUGGGAUGUAAUUUUUACUUUUCAGAACAGCCAUCUUAAGUGGCAGCUAAUUAUGCAUUGCAUUUGCAUUUCUCUGUACUGGAGAAAGUUCUGUGACUUGAACUAAAUAUUUUUAAACUUGUGGUUAUUUCUUUUUUUUGUUUUUUUUGGAAAAAACUAAUAUUUAAUAUUGCUUCUUCUGCAUGGCAAAACUGCCUAUUUCUGCUAUUUAAAAAUGACUUCAUUUUCUAUUGCAGCUUAUUUUCAUGUGCAACCAUGAGGAAAUGUAAGAACAGAUUUGUUUAAAUUAAAUGUGUUUGUACAAAAUGGUACCCAACACAAAGGUUUUUUUAAAUGAGUAAAAAUGGUUUUGUUUAAAAGUUA